ACGCAUUAUAGGCUCCACCCACAAUACAAAGCAGACAAGGGAACCUCCAAGACAAGAGAAGCAAAAGCAGUAGCGUUACUAAAUUAAACUGACAUUACACCGACUCUGAACACACCGUUUCAGUGACACUUUUUUAAACGAUAAAUUUUUCAAGAAGCCAAAAUUCGACAGCAUUCCUGAGAGGUUUGGAUUAUAUUUUGCAGCCUUCUGCGCACCACAGAGCAGCGGCAUCCUCCUUAAAGCAUUGUAUUUAAUCCAGGACGAUUUUACAAUUCAGUUUUUUUCAGUGAUAUUUCCGGCUGCAGAUUGGUUGAUAACUUUAUAACGCGAUUUGUUUUUUAGGCUGACAUUACAGUCAGCUACCCGUUCCAGCCAUUGUCCUCGACGGGGAAAAAGCGACGCCCUCAGGCCGCCGCUGGUACUGCAGCACAUCGGGAGUCUAAAUAAUUUAACGGUGGAAAAUGAGCUCAGAAGAGGCGACAGUCCCAACCAAAACCGCCACAGAAGACGAUGGGAUGUCUUGGUGGUACCGCUGGAUCUGCAAACUGGCCGGUGUCUUGGGUGGUAUAUCAUGUGCAACGAUGGGCGUCUGGAACUGUGUGACUGUGAAUCCGUUGAACAUCGCGGCUGGAGUUUGGAUGGUGUUGACGGCGAUUGUGUUGUUCCUGUGUGAGGUGCCCUUCUGCUGUCAGUUCGUAGAGUUUGCCAAUGCUAUAGCGGCCCGUGCAGACCGUCUGAAACCCUGGCAGAAAGCCUUGUUUUACUGCGGGAUGGCACUGUUUCCCAUCUUCCUGAGCUUCUCCAUCACUACUCUGUUUGGUAACGCCAUCGCUUUCGCUACAGGAGUGCUGUACGGACUCGCAUCCCUUGGAAAGAAAGGUGAUGCGGUGAGCUACGCUCGGUUGCAGCACCAAAAACAGGGCGACGAAGAGAAACUGACAGGAACGACUGACGGUUCAGUGCCGUGAACCUCCUCUACCUCCGCUGCGUCCUUCCCUCUCUUUACCCCUUCACGUAACGUUACAGUGUAACCUUUGACCUCUGACAGCGUGAGUCAGUCUGCACAAAUCAGUUUGUGUAGGAUUUAUUAAAUAAAAUGGGUUGUGUAGUGUAUUUUUUUCAAUUGCGCUAUCAUGCACAGUUGUUUUUUUUUUUGUAAAUUCAUUUUCAUCUCACUUUAUAAAAACUGACAUAUUUUAGUUAGUUAACCCAAAGCUGGAGUGCAAAUGAAUGCAUUAACUUCAGCGACCGUCUCCGUCUCUCGUAUCAAACCUCGCCUCAACACCAGCGCAGGGAAGGGAACUUUUGGCCAUUGGGAUUUCUCCCAGAAUUCUUUGUUCUGAACAUUUCUGAAUCUUGUAAAAGCUUGUUUUUUUUUAUGUGUAGGCAUGGUAAAAAAAACGUGUUUUGGAAAUCCCAGAGAUUAUAACAAAGUGUGUUUGUGUGUUUUUGUGCCUCUGCUAACUGGCCUUUACCCAGAAUCCUUUGCUGCAGCAUGUUUGGUGUUCGUAAGAAACGGUGGAAUGUACUUUAGCUAUGCGCUGCUCUAAAACCUCGCUGUCACUUUCUUAAAAGCGUGUCUUUGAGAGUCUGAUCUGCGCUCUUUCCAUAGAUGUUAAGUCAGGUAAGACACCCAAACAAGGCUGUGAGGGACUCAAAAGUUUAAGCUGAAUGUUGGGUCUGUUGUUAAACUACAGUUCAAUCCAUUGAACAUGCUGUACUUCAGUCCCUCGUCCUGUCAGAAAUGAAAUCUGGUGCUCCUCUGACUGAAGUCUAUUGAAAAGCUGGUGUAAGUGUUUUUCUGAAUGAUGAAGUGCGUUUUAAGCGGUUUACCUUCCGUCUUCAGGGACUUGCGUGUGUCUCUGUCUUUCCUCUCAAGCCAUGCGUCUCUCGCUGCACUGAAGAAGGGCUUCUUUUCUGGAAUAAGAAACGACUGCGUGUGUUGUUUGCUUGUUUCUGCAUCUAUCUGAGCCAGUCUCAACACUGACAGUGGAAAGUAUGAAAGCCAAAGGUACAUACUACAAGAUAAAAAAAACUAAAAAAAAACAUUAGUUUGGAGGUCAGAGGUCAUGCUCUAACCGUAGUGUUCACACUCUUACUGUCUUUUGUCUUUAAAGGGUGAAUUUUAUGAAAUUGGUCAAGGAUGUAGAUUGUAUUUCACCUUCAAAUCUUUUUUUUUUUCAUGACAAUUAAUCCCAUUUAUUCAAAUAAAAUGUUAUUUAUAUAAUUUAAUUUAUUUAGAUUUAAAUGCAACCAUUAUGUUACAGGACUAAAGCAAUGAGAAUUGAAAUAAAUCUCAAAGUAACACUUGUCAUCAUGUUACAAUGCAGAAGUGAAAAUGCAUUUUAAAAGUACAAGAGGAAUUUUUCUUUUUUUUCUUUUAGUUUUAGGUUGAAAUAUAUGGAAGCCCAUUUUCACUACAGAAUGAAAAGAUAAAAAUGGUAAUUGCGUUUUUUGUUUUUCCCAGUGAAACAUUUUUUGCGUUUUUGUAUCAGGAUUUGAUGGAAUUAUGAGAUGGAAACUUGCAGUUAUAUAUUUUUGAAAAAUAUAGUUGCAAUUGCAAGAAAAUAAGUCACCUUUAUUAUUUUUUAUUCUGUGGCAGAAAAAAAGAAACAAUUGUGAGACAUAAACUUGGCAUUGCAAGGGAAAAAAGUAUUUUUCUUCAGAAUUGCAAGCUUAUAUUUCAGUUCUGAGAAAAAAAAUAUAUAUAAAUUAAUAAAAAAUUCUCAGAAUUUUAGAAAAGUUUUGAAUUGAACUGUGAGAUAAAAAGUAGCAAUUACUUCUUCAUUUUUUCUCAUGCCGGAAUCGGGCUUCCAUAUACAUCUGGGUGUUUGUGAGAUCCAUCCUUUUAGAUGCUCACAUUCUUUCAUGAAAUACUUUCACCAAACUUUUCACAAAUGUUAAAGUGUUUUGCAUGAAUGUUCAGCAGGUUAAAUGAUCUCCAGUAAUAACACAGUGUCCACCAGCACACAAACCAGCUCAGAUGUAAUGUCCUUCUAGAUGUAGUGUAGAACGAAGUGUUAGCGGUUUAGCAGUGAUCUUGUCGCUCUGUGUUUUUGUGUGGAUCCACGGAUCUAUAAUAGAGAUGUAACUGAUUUGACUUUGAUAAUGUGCAAAAAAAAAAAAAAGAAGGUAUGAGCUAAAUAAAGACACUUGUCUCUGUCCUCCUCA